UUUAUUGAGAUGUGUUUGUAGGACCACCUGUAAGCCAAUCAACUUAUUAAGUAAAUUGGGGAUUUUAUAAUUUAACCUAGCAUCCCAGCCUCAGUAUCACGAAGUUUAUUUUUAUUUCCACAGUCGAUAGGCGUCAUUUCAGUCUUCGAAAGUACAAUUGAAAAUAACUUUCAAUGUUAAUCUCAUUGCAUCGGAAUGCAUAAUACUUAAACCACUUUUAUUAAAGAAUUUGUGAACAAAGUGAGGUGUAAUAUGAUUAACAGUUUAAAACGAGCGUAUCAAAAACAUAAAAUAUGUCAUCCUUCACACCAAUCAUUUUGGUCGGAGAGAAUUUGGGACUCCGACAUCGCCACCUCAACUCUGUGGUCACUGAGGCAAUUCAACAAUGUGUCCCAUUUCAACAGAUACAAGAUCUACCAGAACAAACUCCUGUAGAUAGACUCUUCAAGAUAGACCUAGCCUCGAAACUAAGAAAUGUUGACUACAUUCUGCAAAACAUCAAGGACGAAGACAUGUUGUACGUCAGCAGGGCGUUGAAAGCCAAGUGGCUCUUGGAACAACAACACCAGAGCAUCAUUCAUCCCAAGUAUUUGGAAGAAAACCUAUAUCCAUACAUGGUCACUACAGCUGUGAGUAAAUUUAAGAACUGGCUGUAUCUACAUUUAAAAGAUCCGCAAAGAUGUGAAGAUUUUUAUAUAUAUUACUCAGAAAGCAAUUUCAACUACGCGAUCAAAUUUCUAGGCCGCUGCCACGUCAAGUUUAUAAUAUUAGAAGCGCCAAAUAUUUUAGAGAAACUCUCGCCUCACCACUUCAAAAUUUUAUGUGAAAAGUGUCCGCAAGUGGCGAAGAUAUAUUUCGAUAAUAUACUCGAUAACGAUGAACUAAAAGAAAAAUUUUUGGACAACCAUCAGGGAUUCUAUAACAGUUUGAAAGUGGUAUUAAAGUUGGACGCUGACAUAUUUUUUGAAAUCACAGAAAAAUAUUUCGAUAAUAGAUAUAAUCGCUCUCUCACGAAACAUAUAAUGGCUCACCACAGGGAGAAAUUUGAGAAGAAGCCAGAGCUGUACGCGAGCAUGUUGUUAAACACGCGAGCUCUAGCGGAGUAUUUGAGCUCGGAAGAAUCGAAAGAGCUCGUUCUAAAGCUGGUCCGAGCCACCUAUCUCAACCGACAAAUAGAUUACAAGUAUGUCGAACCUCUCAUUAUGAGGCUUCCUAUUAAAGAGAGAUCAGCUUUCAAAAAUCUUGUUUUUGUCGAAAAAACAAUUGGUGAAUUGGUUAAAGCCUGGCCAUACGAUAAGCCGUGCUUGCCAAGCAGAAAGAGUUACUACUUUCACGUGUUUGAAGAUCGCAAACCUUCGGAAUACAAUACAUGUUGUAUGGAGGAUGACUUCAGAUGUAUGUUAAAAAAAAGGAAGUUUGGUAAAUAUUGCGCCAGGAUGGAUUGUUAUCAAAUACCGCGUCGCACGUACCUCGAUAAACUCUUCGAUGAGUAUCGCUUCUUUAGUUUCGAACGUGCAUUAUUCGAACUGCGUAAAAAGAUUAAAAAAGAAAGUUCGGCACAGAACCGGCAAUACAUUAUGUUGGUACUUGUUAGUAAGAGUGGAGGGCAGCCGGAGCUAGUUGCUAAACUCUUGCAGUUGUUAGAGCAGCACUGCAACGAGCCAACCAAUGUGAGAGCCACCGUGGUAAGGAGUUUGGUAAAGCGCGCCGCUGUAUGGCGUCUGCCCCAACACUCCUGGGACGCGCUGUUAGAGUUCGCGAGGGGGCUCGGACUAGACGGCAGCGAGUCGGAAGCGGACUGUCGCGAGGGUCUACACGCAGUUGUCAUAAGAAGCUUGCUGGAGACUGGCGCGUGUGAACCCGCAAUAAGAGAAGCUUUCUUAAAGGACUUUUCAAAUCUCGACGAGUAUGCCACCAAUAGUGAAGAGCGUAAAAUAGUUAAACAAAAGUUACCGGAGUUGCUACUGGCCGCGGCUAACGCGCAGUCAAGUCCAGUAAAGCAGGUAGAGCUACUGACAUCACUUCUGAACAUGCUUCAACAGUAUAAAGCAGACAUCGGAGGUUCUGCUCUGAUACCGGCUGUGGCAGUUUUAGCAAAGCGCGACUCAUCCGCUGCAGAGGGCCUUCUUCGACGUUUAUUCAACGCCAAAAUCGCUCGCAAAACGUUGUUCCGAGAAUUCUUCCCUUUAAUACAAACGGAUGCUUCCUACUUAAAUGCUUUACGACAUGACACCUCAGUUCUUAAUGUAUCAACGUUCAUUGAUUUGGUUGAAAGAGAUGAAAUUCGUCCGGAACAGUUCUUACGCAAGAUGGCUAUAUAUUUUGCAGAAAGCUCCGGUAUGACGGAGCAUUAUAUAACUGAAAUGAGACAACGUAUCCUCAAUAAUAAAUCAGUCGGAAAGUCAAUAGCACGACCACUGUGCAUACUGCAGGGCGCGUGUCUCGGCUACCUGGUGUCACUGGAUUCUAACAACAAGUCUCUAAAAUGCUUGGCGGCCGCGAUCAGAGCUAACAUGUAUGCAGGAAGACCGAAACUGGACAUAAACAGUACGGCUUUGUCAGCCGCAGGAGCUAAAGCUGUUGCUAAUAAAGUUCUUGUGUGUCCAAUAGCAGAUAUUGAUAAGUACGUCCACGAUCUGUUAACGUGGAAGCGAACGGUCCGAGUGGCUCUGGUACUAGCGGAGAGAACAGGCAAAGAGGCAGAUGCCUUUAUCACAGCUGCCACUUUAAGGCCUACUGCUACUCUCAAGGCAGCUCUGAAGUAUUUCCAUAGUAGACCCGACUUCGAUCCUCGAGUGUGGGAUGUUUUCAAGCAAUUAAUUAUGAAUUUUAAUUUGUCUUCAGAAAAACAUGUUCAUUUCCGUAAAGCUUUACUGAAAUUGGAUGGAAUACCACUUAAAAUUAAACCAGAAUAUUGUGAAUUGAUUUUCAAAGCUUUGAAAAAAGAGCGGUGUCAGGAUGCAAUUAAAAUCUUAAGUAACAUAGAGGCACUACUUAGAGAUAUAAAUGAAAAUUUCAUUGAGAACUUACUGCUAGAUUUUCUACAAGAAUUCGAUCCCCAAACAUAUAAAAAGAAUGAUCGAGUUACUGACACCCAUCUAAGAAUGUUGGUAAAAUGUUUGCUGCUUUGUAAAUCUGAAGAAAUACAGAAAAGUCGUUUUGAGAUUCUUGGCACCCGUUUCUUGCAAUUCUUGACAGUACUCUGUGAUAAAUUAGGAGGCGAUUUUUUUAACGUGUUUAAAGAAGUCCUUAUUAAUUUACAACUUAACCAAGUAUUCUUGGAUGAUACUUAUGUUUCACCUUUACCUGUUAUGGAAAAUAUAUUGUCUUGGAUGCGACAUUCUUUACCGAUCGAAUUAAAUUUUGACUUAUACGUUCGUAUACAUUUAUCAAUGAUGUAUUUUAAGUCCAUAAGACAGGGCUUGAAAUCUCAGCCAGAUAUUUUUAACAAUGAAAAAAGAAAACUAAGUGAAGGUCCAUCAGUAGUCGGCUAUAUUUUUGGCCGAAAAAUCGCCCGGGAAAUAAAACAGCUAAAGGAAAGUUAUUUUGAGUCAGCCAUCGAUUUGUAUCAUAAUGGCAUAAAGGGUUACUUUAGUGAGUACUUCCUGUAUGACGAUAGUAAGUUUAAAUUUAUGAAAGCAGUAAUAAAAGGCAUUUUGGAAGGUAGUGUCGCCGAUGAAGCGAGGGUUGCGCUGUAUCUCCUAGAAAACGAAAGAUAUAAUCUUAAGCACGAGGACAUUAAGGAGCUGUACGGCAUAAUGAAGAAUAUUGAAGACGAGAAAUUUCGAUACUUUUUAUUUGCCGAUGUAUCUGAAAAUCCCUUAUAUUGUUAAAUUGUAUAAAGCGAGAUGAAUAUUUAAAACCCAUUCGAGAUACAUGGAACCUAAAGUUAUAUAAUAAUGUAAUACGAAAUCGAUUUUUCGUGUUUAUUAAGUAUUUAAUAAAAUUGUAACCACAAUGUAUUUAUUGCGUAACUUUUACAUUUAUAUUACUAAUUGAAGUUAACAUUACUUUUUUAAAAUAUGAUUUUGAACACACAAUUUAUUAUUAUUUUAACUUUUCCCGUAUAAUUUCCUUAAUUUAUGAAUUGGAUUGGAUUUGGAGUCAUAUUCUUUUAAUAAAAAUAAUAUACACUUAGCUUAAUAAAAAAUAAUUCGUUGAGCCGCUCGGUGUCUCCUCGACGCGAGCUGUGGUCGAGGGUAAGCUCCGCGUAAAAUUACUCAUCCGACCUCUGUAGCUUAGUUAGGAGAUGGACUCUUUGGACGAAAUACUGACUGUUAUGCUCCGAUUGUUUGAAAUGGGCAAUGGACUAUCGUUAUAAUGAAAAAAUAUUCACAUCACUCCGUUUUCCAUGUUUCUAUUACCCAUGUUAUUCCUAAUUCCUUAACUUUUGAGGGGUAAAAGUCCUCGUCGAUCCUCGCACCAGAUCCUGCAGCACCCAGUGCCUACUGUUUUGAGUAUGGGUGAGGCAAAGCAGCACAAAAAAGUAUCACGUCUUCAUUUCAGACAAAAUGUGUGUUGUGUGAAAAUAAAAUAGGCAUCCAAUAUCACUUCGCCCGUCUCGGAAAGUGCUGGUCGUGCCACUGAGGCAACUUGUGCUCUUUUAUCUUAAGACGACUUUAAUCUAUCGUUACCUCAUAAAAGUUCUUGUGGUGCCAAAUACUAAACUAACCCUAUAAAUUAUCAACUAAUCCCAUAAAAAAUUAAACACUAAGAUAACUUUAAUGUAACAACACAGCACAUGCCAAUGCCACAAAAGCUAAAGUUAAAGCCGAAGCCAUGCCACGAAGGUUGAUUCAAAGAUAAUUAUAAUAUAUUAUAUAGAAAGGUUGAUUGCCGCAAUUUUCACUCGAGACAGCUAAAAGUUUGAAUAUAACCUGUGGAUAUUGAUAUUACGUAUGGUUUGCCGUUGAUUGUUCCUAACAUGCCAUCGCUCAAUAUGAUGCUGUACUCAAUUGUAAAAUUAUUUUUAUCUACCGGCGUAAAUUGCAUGAUUUAAUAAAGCAGUCUUAUCCCGGCA